AUGGGGGUCUGGAACUCGGGCACCCGUCUCUUCCUACGUCUUUGGGGGAUGUAUGUGUCCCCCAGGAGCCCUGGAUGGGUGGACUUCCUCCAACAUUUGGGAAUUUGCUCUUUCGUUGCGUUCGGUUCGGUGGGCCUCCUCUCGGUGGCCUUCUCCUGGUUUCUGUCCUCGUUCGUGGUCUUCACCAUCUCCUGGGUGACCGCCUGGGUUCUGCUGUGCUGCUCCAAGCACGUGAGGUGUUUCGUGGUCCUCUUCUUCCUCUCCUGUGGCCUGCGUGAAGGCAGGAACGCCCUGAUUGCCGCCGGCACGGGGAUAGUCAUCCUUGGACACGUGGGGAAUGUCUUCCACAACUUUAAAGGGCUCCUGGACAGUAUGACCUGCAACAUAAGGGCAAAGAGCUUUUCCAUUCACCUGCCACUCUUGCAAAGGUAUAUGGAAGCAAUCCAAUGGAUUUACGGCCAUGUCACUCACCUGGGCCUAUUGGAUGGCCUCGUGUCCUGGAACCAGACUCUGGCAGUCUCUCUUUUCAGUCCCAGCCAAGCCCUGGAGGCACAGCUCAAUGACACGAAAGGCCAGGUCGUGGGGGUCUUGUACCAGAUGGUGACGGCGACCGAGGUGUUGUCCUCCCUCGGACGGCAGCUACUGGCCCUCGCGGGGCUCCUGCUGGUGCUCCUCGGCACCGGCCUCUUCAUGAAGCGAUUCCUCGACCCUGGAGGCUGGAAGUUUGAAAACAUCUACAUCACCAGACAAUUUGUUCGGUUUGAUGAGGGGGAGAGGCGUCAGCAGAGGCCCUGUGUCCUCCCGCUGAGUAAGAAGGAGAGGAAGAAGUACGUUGUCAUCCCGUCUUUCGGGCUGACGCCUAAAGAAAGGAAGAACCUGGGGCUGUUUUUCCUCCCGGUACUUACCCAUCUCUACCUCUGGGUGCUGUUUGCAGCCAUCGACUUUCUGCUGUAUCGGCUCAUUUUCUCAGUGAGCAGACAUUUCCAAAACUUGCCAUCGCUGGAGGUUCACUUGAAACUGCACAGGGAGGAGCAAGGAACUCAAAACAUCAUCCACGACUCCCCCUUUCAUGUAGCUCUAUUUGAACCCAACUGCAUCCCUAAACCAAAGCUCCUUCUGUCUAAAACCUGGGUUCCUCUCAGUAUUAUUCUUGUGAUACUUGUGGUGCUAGGACUGUUGUCCUCCUUCCUGAUGCAACUUAAAAUCCUGGUGUCAGCAUCCUUCUACCCAAGCGUGCAGAGGGAGCGCAUCCAGUACCUGCAUGCAAAGCUACUGAAGAAAAGAUCAAAGCAGCCAGUAGGAGAAGAAGAAAGGCAGCUGAGUCUAUACUUUACAAAGAUUCAUUUCUGGCUUCCGGUCCUGAAAGUGCUUAGAAAGAAACAAGCGGACGCUGCAAGGGAAAGCAACCCAUGA